AGAAAUAACCAGUGAGUGGCGCCGUUUUGUUUCUGUCUGCUUCCUUUUAACCACCAGGUGCUGUUGAUUUGGCUCCAACUAAAGAGAACAUCAUCAGUGAUAAUACUCUUUACUUAAGACUGAUUUAAAAAAAAAAAAAAAAAAAAAAAGUCUAAACCUUAAAAUACAAAUUAAACGUUAUUUUUGAGCAAGAGUUUCGGGCAUGUUUUACCUGUCACUGUUUUUCAUGUUGCCGCUGUUGUCCUCCACUGAUGGAGGAACACUACCGACGUUUGAGGCUUUAAAUCAAACAACCCAGGUGAUGAGAAAAGUUUCCCGGAGAAAAACGCCGACUCUGCCGCCGCCGUACCUGCACCUCCCAGUGUUUGUGGACUCGAGGCUGCCGCUGGUGGAGAAGGAGCAUUUCUCUCCAGUCAGAGGUAUCGGACAGGAGCCUUUACCUGAACCCGUCCGGGAACUCUUGCUCCCGGGUCGGCCUAAUUCCAGUCCGCCUAAUGUUUCGGGUGUUUCCGUGAAGACUUCGUGCAAGCGGAAAAAAAUGCACGUGCAGGUGCAGAGGAGCAUUUUGGGCACCGGUGAACCACAGUCUCAGCUCAAACUGGGGACAUGCCAAGCCAGUAAAUCCACGAGGGACUACCUUUAUUUUGAAUAUGACCUCGACAUGUGUGGAACCAAACGCACGACAAGUAAUUACCAGGUGGCCUAUUCAAACACACUACAAUAUGACCCACCAAGUCUCCAAGGACCAAUCAGGCGAGCUGUGCCCUUCACCCUGCCUGUUGCAUGUUAUUAUAACAGGUACCAAUACUCCUACAAAAUUGGCUACACACCAAAGAUGCGGAUGCGCAAGGUCAUCAAACCAAUGAAGAACAGAGCAAAAUUCAUUCUGACACCACGAAAUGCUCAGUGGGAAAGGCUCUUUCCAUCAGACCAGUACAUGCUAGGGCAGCCCAUGUACUUUGAGGCCGAGGCUCCGUCCAUGUCCCCAGACGAAAGACUGUACGUCCACUUGUGUUAUGCGACUCCCGAGAGGUCCCACACCUCUGUGCCUCAGUUUCCAGUCGUGAAAAACUUUGGGUGUAUGGUUGAAAGCAAGAACAGUCGCUCCAGAUUCAUCCCAUACAAAAACAAUGCUGUGAGAUUCUCUGUGGAUGCCUUCUUGUUCAAGGGAAUGACAGGCCAGCUCUACAUGCACUGCAGCAUGUCUGUGGGCAGUUCUGUCCCCACACCUACAGCUAAGUCCUGCAACUACGACACAAAAACAAGAAGAUGGGUUGAGCUGUCUGGAUCAGACUCGGUGUGCACCUGCUGCGACUACAAUUGUAGCUCUGCUGCAUCCACAGUUACCAAAAUAAUCAGCAGCAGGCCAUGGACAAUAGAGCCUAAAAUCAAACCUACCACACCCCCCAAAAGGAAGACAACAAUAACAGCACAACCAGAGAAGACCGGAGAGUUGACUGAAUGGAAGAUGACUUUACAGUCUGAAACAAUAGCAGUGACACCUGUGGGUGAGGUGGAGAACACGAAGGAGUCGGAGUGGCUGUUAAAAGGUGGAGGAGUGACGUGGGUUGAGGUGGAAGGUGAGGAGGAGCGGGUGAAGGGCUCUGCUGUUGUGGAGGAGGAGGUCACAGAACCUCGCAAAAUAUUUGAAGAAAUCUUUGAUUUUGACAAAUAAAGCUAACGUUUGUACAUGAUAA